AUGGCUAGUCCUCCUGUUCUAGCUUUCGACGCCGAGGGCCGUCCGGUCAAAUUCGAAACCUGGCUAGAUGACCUGCACCUUUUCCUACAGCUCACUGCCAAGGAAGAUAUUACACUGUACGACCACGCUCUCGGCCAUGCGACCGCCCCACUCGCUACUGCCCCCCCAGCUGAGCGCUCACAGUGGCAGACCCGUGACGCGCACGCUCGCUUUGCUAUUCGCAACUCCCUGCCGCUAGAUGAGCGCGAGCACUUCGGCCAGUGCAAGACUGCUAAGGACCUCUACACAGCUGUAGUGGCCCGCUACUCCUCACCCGCUUCUGCCACACUAGGCCGCCUCACUCUCCCCUACCUGUUCCCCGACCUAGCCUCUUUUCACACUGUCGCAGACCUCAUCACCCACCUUAAGACUAGUGAGGCUCGCUUUCGCGCUGCCAUGCCUGAUGAGUUCCUCGCUAGCAACCCCCCCCCGCUCUGGAUCACUCUCUACCACGUUGUCACCCGCCUCCCUGACUCUCUGCGCCCUGCACCUCUCGUGGCGACCCCCGCGGCCCCUUCUUCGAGGGGUGCUCCCCUUCCCCCCUCCUCCCCUCUGUCGCCUCUGCUGCUGCUGUCGACCUCCUUGGUGCUGAGAAGGUCGGGGCUGCGUCUGCUUCAGGCGGACGACGCAGGGGCAGGAGUGGCAGGAGUGGGGGUGGUGGCGGAGGAGGCGGGGGUGGAGGUGGUGGCGGUGGAGGUGCGACUGGAGAGGCUAGUGGCGGCGGUGGUGGAGGUGACAGCGGUGUUGGGAGUGGUGACAGGGGCGGAGGUGGCAGCGGAGGCGGAGGUGGUCGUGGCAGCGGCAGGGGUGGAGGUGGCCGGGGCGGAGGCGGAGGGGGUGGUGGUCGUGGAGGCCCGGGGGGCGGUCAGAGUCAGCAGCCUGCCCCGACCCUUCAGGCCGCCCGUGAGUGGUAUGCGCGGCGCAGCGUCACCUGCCAGUACGUUAUUCGUACAGUUUCCUGGUGGGGGUGAGCUGCCGCGCUGGGCUGAUCUGCUCAGGAAGGGUGUUGAUAUUUGGGCACUUGACUUUGAUGCUAUUCUCACUGCCAUGUAUGCGAUGUCUAUUAGUGGAGAGGGUGCUCAGUACUUGCGUGUUCCGCCCGACCCGGGCAUUCAGGCCAGCCCCGCUGCUGCUCUAGGUGCUAGUGUGUCUGCUUCCACAGGUACUUCUGCAGCUGCUGCUCUAGGUGCUUGUGCGUCUGUGCCCCCUGGUACUGAGUCGACUGCAGCACUGCACACCUUCACACUGGACUCAGGUGCUUCUCGCUCUUUCUUUCGUGACCGCACUGUCCUUGAGCCUCUAGCUCGGCCGGUUGCUGUCUCUCUUGCUGACCCCUCUGGGGGUCCGGUCCUUGCGACCUCCUCCACCACCCUUCCGUGUCCAGCGGUUCCGUCCGGCACGCUCUCAGGUCUCUACCUCCCCUCGUUCUCCACGAACUUGGUGGCAGGCAGUACGCUCCAGGACUCGGGUGUUCACCAGUUCACCCCUGCCUACGAGCGUGUGACUCACUGCACGUGUGCUCGGACGGGCCGCCACCUAGCUACUUUCACUCGAGAGCCGGGGUCUGACCUGUACACACUGACCACUGAGUCCCCUCAGGUAGCUGCGUCUGCGUCAGCGUCAGGUCAGCUGUCCGCCCCCUGCUCGUGUCGCUCUCUGGCGAACGACACCGUCCUCUGGCACCACCGCCUUGGUCACCCGUCUGUGCAGCGCCUGCGGGCCAUGCACAAACGGGACCUUGUUGCUGGUCUUCCCAGGGUGCUCCCUCCCCUUCCUGACUCCCCUGCUCCUGACUGCAUUCCCUGUGUCGAGGGGCGGCAGCGCGCCGCUCCUCACUCCUCCUCCUUUCCCCCGACGACCGCUCCCCUGCAGACGCUCCACAUGGACGUGUGGGGCCCGGCCCGCGUCCGUGGUCAGGGUCAGGAGAGGUACUUCCUGAUAGUUGUUGACGACUACUCGCGCUACACCACGGUCUUCCCCUUGCGCGCCAAGGGUGACGUCCCUGGUGUUUUGAUCCCCUGGAUCAGCCGAGCCCGUCUCCAGCUAGGCGAGCGCUUUCACUCGGACUUUCCUGUCCUGCGCUUGCACUCUGACAGGGGUGGUGAGUUCGCCUCCGACCUCUUGGCAGCCUACUGUGCUGAGCACGGCAUUGAGCAGUCGUACACGCUUCCGGCCUCUCCACAGCAGAAUGGGGUUGCUGAGCGCCGCAUUGGCUUAGUCAUGGAGGUCGCUCGUACCUCCCUGACCCAUGCGGCUGCUCCCCACUUUCUGUGGCCGUUUGCGGUCCGGUACGCAGCGCAUCAGCUCAACCUCUGGCCCCGUGUCUCCUUGCCGGAGACUUCCCCGACUCUACGGUGGACGGGAGAGGUUGGCGAUGCGUCGCGUUUCCAGGUCUGGGGAUCUCGAGCUUUUGUCCGCGACACGUCCGCGGACAAGCUCUCGCGUCGCACUGUUCCCUGUGUCUUUCUUGGCUUUGUUCCCGACGCGCCUGGAUGGCAGUUUUACCACGUCACCUCGCGCCGGGUUCUGGCCUCUCAGGACGUCACUUUUGACGAGUCCGUCCCCUUCUACCGCCUCUUCCCCUACCGCACUGCCCCGCUCCCCCCCCCGCCUCUCUUCCUCGCUCCAGGUGCUGAGGUACCAGACCCCCUCCCCCCUCAGGGUGCCGCUCCCUCAGAUGUGUCCCAGGUAGACCCGGAUGAGCCUGUCGAGGUAGCUGUUGACUCGCGUCCUGCGUCUGGGGGUGCUGAGCCUGGGAGUGCUGCGUUUGAGGGUGCGGAGCCUGGGGGUGCUGAGCCUGGAGGUGCGGAGCCUGGGGGUGCUGAGCCUGGAGGUGCGGAGCCUGGAGGUGCGGAGCCUGGAGGUACUGAGCCUGGAGGUGUGGAGCCUGGGGGUGCGGAGCCUGGAGGUGCGGAGCCUGGAGGUGCUGAGUCUGGACGUGCUGAGUCUGGGGGUGCUGAGUCUGGGGGUGCUGAGCCUGAGCGUGCUCCACCUGGAGGAGCCCCCUCCUCCCAGCAGCUGCAGGAGAGGUACCUCGAGUACUGCCGCCUCCGGAGAGGUGCUUCUGGAGCUCGUCCCGGUACUUCCCCUCCUACCCAGGAGCUCCCCCCCAUUCAGGUGAUCCGCGAGUGGUACACGCGGCGCUGCAGUCUUCGUAGUGGUGCUCCUGGUACUGCGGACCCGAGCGGUGGUGCUGUUGCUGGUGCUGAGGACCCGGACGCUGGAGCUGCUGCUGGUGCUGAGGACCCGGGGGCUGGAGCUGCUGCUGGUGCUGAGGACCCGGGCGUUGGAGCUGCUGCUGGUGCUGAGGACCCGACCGGUGGCGCUGCUGCUGGUGCUGAGGACCUGACCAGUGGCCCUGCUGCUGGUGCUGAGGACCCGGGCGUUGGAGCUGCUGCUGGUGCUGAGGACCCGACCGGUGGUGCUGCUGCUGGUACUGAGGACUCGGGCGUUGGAGCUGCUGCUGGUGCUGAGGACUCGGGCGUUGCGGCUGCCACUGGUGUCCCUGCUGCUUCUGGAGACGCUGCGCGGCCGCGACCGUACUUCGUACCGCUCCUUCAGCAGGUUCUUGGUCAGGCUCCUCCUCCUUGUCCUCCUCCCUCCGUCGAGUGUCCUCUGCCUGUCCAGCCGCAGUCACAGUUACCGCCUGUCUCGCCUCUCCCUGCUCCCUCCCCUUACACUGGUCCCACAGGAGGUCUUACAGAGCGUCGUGAGCCUGAGUCUCGUCCUGCGUCGCCUGUUCGUACUGCUCGCACUGGUCGUCGUGUCCCACGUGAGCGUCCUCCUCCUGUCCCUGGCACUCACUACAUGACUCUGCGUCCCUCCACUGCUCCGCAGCGUGUCCCGCUGCCGUCUCCUCCUGCGUCCUCUCUUCCUACUCUUCCUGACCCGGAGUCUGACUCCCGUCGUGCUGCCAGUCCCACUGUUACGCGUCUCCUCGCUACAGUUGUCACUGACCCGACCUUUGAGUCCUCUGCUGCGUCUGCCCUGGUCGCUGAGUUGGUUGACUUUGCUGCUCGCUGUCGCCUAGACUACGCUGCCAGCCUUGUCGCUAGGUCUGAGUCUGCGUCUGCCUGUCCUCCGUCCGUCGGGGGUGAGUGUGCCCUCGGCACGGACGUCCUUGAGGACAGACAGGAGGAGUUCCACUGCCUUGCUGCUGCUUUGCCCCGUCUCGUGUCCUUGCUAGUUGCCCCUGAGGGAGACCCGGAUGCACCAGACAUCCCGACCCCACGCUCUUACGCUGAGGCGAUGGCGGGUCCCUACUCCUCUCAGUGGCAGACAGCCAUGGACGCAGAGAUGGCCUCCUGGAAGUCCACAGGCACCUACGUAGACGAGGUUCCCCCUCCUGGGGCGAACAUCGUCAGUGGCAUGUGGAUUUUCAGGGUGAAGCGGCCUCCGGGUUCUCCACCUGUCUUCAAGGCGCGCUACGUGGCUCGAGGCUUCAGUCAGCGAGAGGGAGUAGACUUCUUUCAGACCUUCUCCCCCACCCCGAAGAUGACUACUCUUCGGGUGCUGCUGCACAUAGCCGCUCACCGCGACUACGAGCUUCACUCUCUUGACUUCAGCACUGCUUUCUUGCAGGGCAGCCUGCACGAGGAGAUCUGGCUGCGCCGCCCCCCUGGCUUCACUGGGUCAUUUCCUCCUGGCACCCAGUGGAGGCUUCAGCGGCCGGUCUACGGUCUCCGCCAGGCGCCACGUGAGUGGCACGACACACUGAGGACGACACUUGCGGCUCUUGGGUUCGCUCCCUCUACUGCUGACCCGUCGCUGUUUCUACGCACCGACACCUCGCUGCCGCCGUUCUACAUCCUCGUGUACGUCGACGACUUGGUCUUUGCCACUGCUGACACCGCGGCACUCGCUCACGUGAAGUCGGAGCUGCAGAGGAGACACACGUGCACAGACCUGGAGCCGAGUGGCCCGUAUCCAGAGCUUGUGGGCUGCCUCAUGUACCUGAUGACCUGCACUCGACCUGACCUUGCAUACCCUCUUAGCAUCCUAGCACGCUAUGUCGCUCCUGGCCGUCACCGGAAGGAGCACAUGGAUGCUGCUAAGAGGGUGUUGCGCUACUUGUGCAGUACGUCGGGCAUGGGGCUUGUGCUUGGAGGGCGAGACCGGGUUGUUCUCACAGGGCACUCAGACGCUUCUUGGGCAGACGACCAGGCUACUCAGCGGUCGUCCCAGGGUUACACCUUCAGCCUUGGCUCUGGCUCAGUUUCUUGGCGUUCUACUCGCUCUUCUUCUGUUCUCAGCUCCAGUUGUGAGGCUGAGAUCUACGCCACAGCCAUGGCUGCUCAGGAGCUACGCUGGCUGACCUACCUGCUGACCGACCUCGGAGAGCGGCCUCGUUCUCCUCCAGUGCUGUACGUCGACAACAAGGCCGCCAUUGCCUUGUGUGAGGAGCACAGACUGGAGCACAGAACGAAGCACAUCGCUCUGCGGUACUUCCUUGCUCGAGAGCUGCAGCAGCGUGGUCAGCUUUGUCUGCGUUACGUGGCCACGGAGGCCAACACUGCUGAUGUGUUCACCAAGGCGCUUCAGCCUUGUGACCAUCAGCGCUUUUGCACUCUGCUAGGCCUUGUACCUACUGGGCCUCACUUGCUUACCUCUUGA